AUAUAUUUUGCAUUAUAUUACAAUUUUAUUUUUUAAUUUUUUUUCUGCGUUUAGGUAGCUGGGAAAAUAUCGAUGUAGUCGGGAUCGAUUAUUUCUCACUGAAAGGCUAUCUGCGCUCCGCUGGUUACGCCUGCCUGAGAAGCGGGACUGUUUUUUAUCGUGCAGCUAUUCGCUUCAACCGGUAUGUUUUGAAUUGACAGUCUUUAUAUUAAUGUUUUUGUCGCUUUUAUAAUCCAUGUGUGGAGCAACAAAGGCUAGACAUGUGUUUUAAUGUAUAAUAAAGUUUUUCUGAGCCAAUUUAGCAUUCGAGUAAGCUAAAUAGACCCAUAGCAUUAUCCAUCGACCUGUCCACUCCUUCGAGCAUACAACAAAGAGAAGCUCUUAAAUAGCAUAAACGUUUUUAUCUGCCAGCGCCACUUUCGGCUCCAUCAUGACCGAGAAAGACAACAAAGACAAACUCAAGCGAAGUUUGUCCAGGAGUAAGAAGAAAAGCAGUGUCAAAGCUGGGAUUUGUGCCACCACAACUCCCAUCACCUCGUUCUUCAGCAGCCAGCCUCCACCCAGGCUGGCCUGUCCCCUGUGUGGCCAACUGGUACCAAGAUUCAGGAUCAAUGAGCACAUUGAUCUGCAAUGUCAGAACUUUGAGAGAGGAGACAGCAGUGCCGCCUCAGCAAGUAAUAGUGUUGUGCCAAGCAGCCAGCUGUCACCCAGGAGGAAUCCCCCAAAGUCCCCAGAGCUGGACCCAAAGAGGGAAGAAGAGACCAAGACCAGCCCUUAUUUUAAAAAGAAUAACUCUCAGCAGGAGCAAAGGGAGUUGAAAAGGAAAAGUGUGGUCAGGACGAUUGACCUUGGGAGUCUCUCCUCCAAGUUAUCUAGUAAAUGUCAUAAAGUACGUGAGAGGACACAGACAGAGGACAAACAUGCUCCUGAAAAGGAGACUUAUUCUCCUGAGACACUCAGCAGCUCACAGAAAGAAAACCUUCAGAGUUUAGAGGACGAAAAUGAUUGUAUGACAGUCAAUGACCUUACAGACGCUAGUGCUCCAACAGCAGCGGAAGAUCUGGUAGGUUCAGAGAAAGGACAUGAUGUUGAACACAAAGCAUCAAAAUCAGAGAGUUCCCCAAAACAGGUUGCUCCAAAGCUGCGCUCUUCUUCCUUCAAACUAUCAAAGAGAAAGAAGGAAACAACUCCCUCCGACAGGGUGUUUGAUUUCAGAAAGAAAGCAAAAUAUGAGGGGAGCAGCAGGGAUCCACAGGGGGUGUUAUCUAGUGAAAGUAUAGCAGAUAUGGACCAGCUUAAAACGGAGGUACAUUCUACAACUACUUGUGAAGCCCCUCUGAGUUCAGAGGAAACACAUGAGAAAAGUGCUGCAGCGAUCAAUAGUGACUCACUGGCGGAGUCUGCUGCUGAGAACAUUACUAGUGAACAAGCUGUCGAGAGCUCUCACCCCCUACGACUUCCCUACUACCUCCGUAACUUCAGGACCGUGCUACAGGCUGUGCUGGAGAAUGAGGACGACAGGUCACUGUUCAACCAGGAGGAUAUGUCACCUGUACAUGCAUUUGAGAAACUCUCAGUCAUGGGGCAGAAGCUGUAUGUGAGACUCUUUCAGAGGAAACUGAAGUGGCUGCAAGUAAAUAAACUGGAUUAUGAGGAGAUAUGCAGCGACCUGGGACCUGUUGCUCAGGAGCUGGUUCAAGCCGGUUUUCUACAGGCAGAGAGUGACCUCCAGGACUUGGGCGAGGCUCUGGAUCUCCUGCCUGCUCCUGAACUUAAAGCUCUGGCAAAGACUUUUCAUCUCGGCAAUUCUGGGACUCAGAAACAGCAGCUAGUGGACGGACUUCUCCGUCUGAGCCGGCAAAAGUCCCUCUUCUCUCUGACCCCUGCCCAGAACAACAUUGGAGCAGUCAUCCUCAAAAGGGCAAAGCAGCUUGCAAGUUCCUGUGUUCGCCUGUGUCGCGGUCCUCGGGCCGUCUUUUCUCGUAUCCUUCUCCUCUUCUCUCUGACGGACACCAUGGACGAGGAGGAGAUGGCUGCUGGUGGGCAGAACCAACUCUACACCAUCCUGCUGGUUAACUCAGGACGCCUGGCCUUCCCAGACUACACAGUGCAGCGCACAGCCAUGGUGUUCCAGGACAGAGAGGAUCUGAUCAGAUAUGAAGCAUCCAUGCGAGCCCUGCAAGAAGUAGCCUCAGCUAUGCAGGGUGGUCAGUGGGAAGAAGCCAUGGAGCUCUACACUGCUGCUAAAAGUGCCUGGCAGGAGCUGAGGAAAAACCAGCAGCUCAGUCAUCAGGAGGAGCUGCCUGUGUUCCUGCGCAGCUUCACCACAGGAUGGGCUUACACUCGGAUCUUAUCCAGAGGGGUGGAGAUCUUGCAGAGGCUACGUCACUAUGAGGAGGCAGUGGAGGAGCUGCGGUCCUUACUGUUGCAGUCUGUUUACUGUCCUGACAGCCGAGGAAGAUGGUGGGACAGACUGGCACUAAACCUUCAUCAGCACUUAAAAAAGCCAGAGCAAGCUAUUUGUGCUAUCAGAGAUGGGCUGUCAGACCCUCUGGUGCGAACUGGACAUAAGCUCUCUCUUCAUCAGAGAGCGGUUAGGAUGAAAGAGUCUGCCAGCUUGAAGAAGUAUCGCCUGCAACUAAAAGACCUGCCCACUAUCCACGUCCAAGAUGUCACACAUGUGACCAUCCGGGGACAGCUUUUCCCUCACGAGGGGGGCAUGGGGAAGUCCAGGUUUCUUUUACCUACAGAUAGAGAGUUGGGAGAUAGUGCUGAUACCACUGUGAUAUGCUCUGUGGAAGACCUAUGUUUAGCUCAUUACCGCCAACAAGGCUUUGACCAGGGGAUCCAUGGAGAGGGCUCAACAUUCUCAACACUGUUUGCUCUUCUGCUCUGGGACAUCAUUUUCAUGGAGGGUAUUCCAGAUGUUUUCAGAAAUCCCUACCAGACAUGUCCACUGGAUCUUUACACUGACUGUUUCUAUGAGAACAGAAAAGAUGCGAUUGAUUCUCGUGUGCAGCUGCUCAGUGAGUCAUCAGUGGAGACUCUGCGUGACAUGUUGGAAGAUGUCUGGACCUCCCAAGAGGGUAAAGUGUGUUCACUGGUCAGCUGGGAGCGUUUCUCAUCUCUUCAACAGGCACAGUCUCUUGUGUCAUGCCUGGGUGGAGCCUUCUUAGGAGGGGUAAUAGCACGAAUGUCCAAAGACUAUAGACACUGCCGUGCAGGUUUGCCUGAUCUAGUGGUGUGGAACACCUCAAACAACAGCUACAAGCUGGUGGAGGUGAAGGGACCCAAUGACCGGCUGUCCCAGAAGCAACAGAUCUGGCUGGAUGAGCUGCAGCAGCUGGGGGCUGAUGUGGAGGUGUGUCACGUGACGGCUACAGGAGCCCGAGGAGCUCGUCUGGAGUAAACAGACACAAUAACUGACUGAUUAUACUUUGCUGCUAACUAAUCAGAGUGUGGAAAUCAGCAGAUAUGAAAAAAUAUCUGGGAAUAUCUGGUCAUCUAGAGAUGUUGAUGUUUACCUCAAAACCUGUCUAAUGGAGGGGGCAUUUGGCAGUUACAUCAAAGUAACCAGUUCCUUCAACAGGCUGAGGUGGUGAGCAUCACUGAGAACUGCCAGGAUCAGAAAUAGCUUGCCUGCAGAUAAUCAGAGCUGAUGCAUGACUGGAAAUGCAUCCAACUACCACACCAAACUGAUGGUGUUUCCUUUUCUUUGGCAACACUAUAUCCUCAGGAUCCUAGGGUUGCCAAGCAACGAAAACUCACAUUUAGUUGGCUGCUUAUGAAUUGUAUGACAGCUCUACGAGUUUGUAAUUACUGUGUGAAUAGGCCUAUAAAUAUGCCACCACCAGAGAAGCUAAAUAGUUUGGCUGUACUUAAUGAUUGUUUUCACUAUUGAUUCAUUUUUAAUGAUUUGGUAUAUAAAAUGUCAUGAAUGGUCAAAACCACAAUUUCCUAGAGUCCAAGUGAAGUUGUCAUCAUCACAUUAUUAUUAUUUUUUUAUGUUUAAAACAACAGCCCAAACCUAAAUUAUUCAGUUCAAUUUCUACAACAGCUAGGGGGAUGAAUUAAUAAUAUUUUAUUGAUAGAGAUGCCAUUAUCUAUUCUGCGUAUUGAUUCCUGGUCAGUUUUUCUGUGUGGGGGGGAAAAAAUCUAUGUCUACACAGGUUUUCAGCAUCAUAGUAACUGUUUUAUUAUCUCUGAGUCUAAACACACUGGAGAUGAAAUGAGAGAAUAUUUGUAUUUCAUUUGAUUUCAUUUGGGUUUUCUCUGUCAAGUAAGAAAAUAUGGAAUUUAGUACAAAGAUGCAUAUAAAGACGUUUCAGCAUAUUGCCUUAUUUGAAAUUAUGAUUUUACAGAAAUAACAAGCAGCACUGUUGUCAUCUUUCUUUGUUGAAAAACAUGUCGGCAUUAAUGAAAUAAAUUAUUACGCUUGAAGGCAAACACUUUUUAAAAAAAGACUCAAAUGAUGAAUUGAUUAUCAAACCGUUUAGUAAAUGAAACAAUAUGAAAUUGUAUUAAAGAGAUCUGUCACUGAACUGUCUUGCUAUGUAAAAUGACUGAGGUGGACACUGGAAAAAGAAUAAAAAAGAACUAUUUU